AUGAGUUAAUUAGUUUCUUGUGGGAAAAGCAUUCUUAUACAUGAUUAAUCAAUGGAUCCAAUUUUAAGAAUAAACCCACAUAAAUCGAGUAUUAAUUGUUGUAUAUGGAAUCAUAAUAGUAUUUGUAUUUGUAAAAUUUAAUAGAUUGUGUUAUUGCAAGUUGUGGUAAUGAUGGAGUAAUAGUUUUGAGUAGAGCUACUGAUGGUUAAUCACUAUUGCCUUUAGAGCAUAAUGGAAAAGCAAUAAAUGCAAUUUCAUUCACAUCAAAUAGUCAAUAUUUAGCAAGUGGAGGUCAUGAUUCAAUUGUGCGGGUAUGGGAUUUGAAAAAGAAAACAAUUUAAAGUCAACUUAAAGGACAUUAUUCUUAGAUUAACUCUUUGCAUUGGAAUUCUUCUGAUACUUUAAUUGCUAGUGCUUCUAAUGUAGGUGAUAUUCUAGUACAUGAUGUAAGUACAUAGAUAGCAGUAUCGACUUUCAAUUUAAAAGGAUCAAAAACACCUGGGUUUAAGGCAGUUAAAUUUAUGAGCAAAAAUCUUUUAUGUUCAGGUAGCAAUGAUGGAUCUGUAACAAUCUUUGAUUUAAAUGAAAAUGAAUUUUUAUGCAAUUUCUCAUAGUAACAUACAAGUAAAGUAACUGGAUUAAGUUUCACACAAUCUUUAGUUUGUAGUGUUGGCACUGACUAAAAAUGUUAUCUUUAUAGUAUUGUUGAUAAAAAAGUUACUCAUACUAUUGCUUGUGAAAACCCACUUAAUUCUGUGGCUAUGUAAAAUGAUGAUUAUUCUGUUACAGUUGGUACUCUUUAUGGAUAAAUUUAUGUUUAUGAUAUAAGAAUGACUUAAAAACCUAAACUUUAAUUCAGAGGACAUGAUAAUUCUAGUGUCAAUUAUAUGGAAUAUUAAAAUAUUGAAUAAUAAUCUCGAUUGCCUCCACCACCAUCGUAAAGACUUUUGAAUGAAAGCAAUAUGAGUGUGCAAUCAUAAACAAAAAUUAAUCAAACCAAAUCCCCUUUGAUCUUAGAAAUCAAAAAAGAUAGUAGCAAAGAUUUAAAUACUUUUAGUAAUAAAGAAUCUAUGAUUAAAAUUGAACAAUAAAAACAAAUGUAAUAUGAUCAAUGUAAAUUAAAUCAAAUUCAUUUAGGCAAUAGUUUAAUCUCGAGUCUAAUCAAGUUAGUAAUCCAAAUUUGAUUAAUCUACUAGUAAAAUAGAAGAUAUCUCUAGAAAAUAUGAAGUUAGCAGGGUUAUUGGUGGAUAAAAUGAGUAUAUCUUUUAUUCUUAUUUAGUUUUACGGAUGAAUAAAAGAAAUUCAUUCAAUAAUAGAUCAAUGAAUAAACAUAUUAAUUAAAAAAGAUUGUUUAAGAUAGUGUAAGUUCAAUGCAUAUUGACAUGAUAAGAUAAUUUUAAAUCUAACAAAAUGAAAUGCAACAACUACUUGAUCAAUAUAUGAAAGAACAAAGUAAUUUAGUUUAGAGGAUCUCCUAAUUAGAAUAAGAGAAUCAGUAAUUAAAAAGAUAAUCGUAUUGA